CAGUCACGAUCGGACCGCUUUAACGUUAACAGCUCAGUUUACGUCGUGUUGCCGAGUUGUGCACAACCCAUAGUACAAAAUUAACGUACAAAUUUUUACAGCAGUGAGGUGUAACAAAACAGUGACAGUGCCUUGAAAGUGCAGUGACAUACAAACGGAACGUAGUGGCUAAUGAUUUAAAAAUAUAAUAAUUGUGAUCCACGUAAAUUCGGACAAGAUUUUAGAUAGCUGAACGGGGGAGUUCGGUUAACUAAAAUCGUUUACUUUUACAAAUCGAUUUGUCACCGUGAUUCUCCUUUCGAAUUUCAAAUAUGGAAACGUUAACAUAAAAUUUUCUUCUGCUUUUGUUUUGUUUUUUACAGCAAAAUUGUGUUAUUUUAUGAUUUUACAACAAAACAGUUUACGGGAACAAGUGAAAUAUAAUAACUACAAUAUAUACAGUGCCUUACUUAAAAGUUUUAAAAGAGAAAAAGGAGAAAAAUAAUAAAUUAAUCACGGAAGCAAAAUGCGAAACAAUUUGUUGUUGUUCAAAAAACUAAUACCGGAAAUAAAUUUUGCCAAAAGAAAUCUCACUUCACCGCUCGGCCGGAAUAUAUACAUUAGUUAAAAAAGACUGGUGCUUUCAACCAUAUUGACUAAAAUCGGGUGCCAUAACAUUUUUAAAAAAUUUUAUGGUCACGAACAUAACCCGAGAAAUAGUUGCCUUACCGACAUAGUCGUAAAACAACAAAUUCAAGAAAUAAAUAAUAAAAAAAAAACAAAAAGAAACACCAAAACGUUCAGUGAUAUUAGCGAUAAUGCGAAUUGGAUUCGCGCAAAGGAAUCAUUUCACCACUUAAACAAAAUAAAAUAAAACUUUUUAUAAACAAAACAUUUUUAAAAUUGGAACUAUGAAUAAUAGUCAAUUCCAUGAGCUGUUCGGAUCUCAAUGGCCACCGGAUCAGCACGGCGGACACUCAUCCGCCACCACGAUGCUGCACCAAAACCACCAAGGGCAGGGCAUGCCCCAAGGCAUGCAGUUGAAGAGAGAACCAGAAGUCCAAGGAGUGAUGCACAAUCAAAUGGGCAUGGACAUCACGUCGGGAUCCGUUGCUGAUAGCACAUCCCCCCCUCCCGGUAGCAGUGAAGGGAUGUUCGGUUCUUCUAUAUCCGGCAUGUUUAUGGACAAGAAAGCUGUCAACUCUAUAAGAGCCCAAAUCGAGAUUAUACCUUGCAAAGUAUGUGGCGACAAGUCAUCGGGUGUUCACUACGGAGUAAUAACCUGUGAAGGAUGCAAGGGUUUCUUCAGAAGAUCACAGAGCACAGUGGUCAACUACCAAUGUCCUCGCAACAAAGCAUGUGUAGUCGAUCGAGUGAAUAGGAACCGAUGCCAAUACUGUCGCCUACAGAAGUGUCUCAAGCUCGGCAUGAGCCGUGACGCUGUCAAAUUCGGUCGGAUGUCGAAGAAACAACGCGAGAAAGUAGAAGACGAAGUACGGUUUCAUCGUGCUCAAAUGAGAAACCAGGUAGAAGCAGCUCCAGACUCAGUAUACGACGCUCAGCAGCAAACGCCGAGUUCCAGUGAUCAAUUCCACGGUCAUUACAACGGUUACACAAGUUAUGGGUCACCUCUUUCAUCGUACGGUUACAACAACGCCGGGCCGGCUUUGACGUCAAACAUGGGUAUACAACCUCAGCCGCCUCCACAACAGCCUUACGACGUAUCCGGGGAUUAUAAUGCGGACUCCACGACAUAUGAACCGAAGCAGACUGGCUUUUUGGACACAGACUUCAUAGGUCACGCUGAAGGCGAUAUCAGUAAGGUGUUAGUGAAGAGUCUAGCAGAAGCGCACGCAAACACUAAUCCCAAACUGGAGUACAUACAUGAGAUGUUCAGAAAACCACCAGACGUCUCCAAAUUGUUAUUUUACAAUUCAAUGACUUACGAGGAGAUGUGGUUAGAUUGUGCCGACAAACUAACAGGCAUGAUACAGAACAUCAUAGAAUUCGCCAAACUCAUUCCAGGCUUCAUGAAGCUAUCACAAGACGAUCAGAUAUUACUGCUCAAGUCAGGUUCGUUCGAGCUAGCUAUAGUGCGUCUAUCAAGGCUGAUCGACAUCAACAGGGAACAAGUGUUGUACGGAGAUGUUGUGCUGCCAAUCCGGGAAUGCGUGCAUGCACGUGAUCCUCGUGACAUGGCUCUCGUCGUGGGUAUAUUUGACGCAGCGAAAACAAUAGCGCGACUGAAAUUGACCGAGACUGAACUAGCACUAUACCAGAGUUUGGUAUUACUUUGGCCAGAACGGCACGGCGUCCGAGGCAACCCUGAGAUCCAGUGCUUAUUCAACAUGUCGAUGGCGGCGAUGCGGCACGAAGUGGAACUGAACCACGCCCCGCUCAAGGGUGACGUCACAGUGCUCGACACCCUGCUCGCUAAGAUACCCACCUUCAGAGAAUUGUCGCUGAUGCAUCUUGAAGCGUUAUGUCGCUUCAAAGCGGCCCAUCCUCAUCAUGUAUUCCCGGCUCUUUACAAGGAACUGUUUUCUUUAGACAGUGUAUUGGAUUAUACCCACGGAUAGACUUGUCGCCAGGAAUACAGGAACUCUCAUAUAUAUCAGUCUACUCACUCUCGUUCGAUAGAGAUGUGAAAAGACUUUCUUUGCAAAGACUUGACAGCUACGUAUAUUAAUUUAACCUCUCCCAAAAAGAACCAUAGACAUUCAGCGACGACAUUGUUAACCUAUUUAUAAUUGUAUGUAUGUACUUUGAGACUGUUAUUAUGAUAUUUACGUAUAGUACGUACGUACAAUAUUAAUAUUUAAAAAAAAGUUUUAUUUAAUUUCAUAUUAAACGUCGCGAGUGUAUAUGGUUUUUUACAUUUAUUGUCAGAUUAUAUAUUUUCGUUUUGUCAUAGAUGGUUUUAGUUUUUCAUAACGAUUGUAGUGUUAUGAGGGUAAGACCAGACGUCUAUUAAAAUAUAAAAACAUGUUAACAGCCAAACUGUUGGCGUGUGUUUAUAUAAAUGAAUGCGUAACGUAAUAUAAUUAUCAUAAAUGUAUCUAACUUUGAAGAAGGAAUAAUAAUUAUUAUAUAAAUAUAUAAUAAUAGAAAUAGAAUUUUUAAUAAGAAAUAAUGGAGUUAUAAUGAGGUAGUGAGUUUAAAUAUCACAGUUUCGUUUAAGCGGAUCUUUAUAUAAGUCUUAUUAUUUUUUAACAUUAUUUUUUUAUAAAUGGUCGUAAUUUUGUUAUUUAUUACAAAUGAUUAUAUUAUUGAUGUUUUUCAUUCAAUGUAGAUUAUUGUAUUAAGUUGUAAUAUAAGAAAGUAAACGAUACUGCCCAUACCUAUUUUAUUUUUCCGUUGGCUUUUUAUGAUUUUUUUUAAGUGUAUAAAGAAAAAUAAAGUUCAAUGAACUAUUUGAUAAUCCACAUUCAAAAGUUACGUAACCCAAAAAAACGAAGUCGGGAUGAGUCGAACAAUUGUUUCAAAAGAACAUUCUAUUUUACAUUUUUUAGCGAAACGUGAAACAAAUAAAUUUAAAAUGGAAAUAAAAAAUGAUUUUUGUACUGUUUCUUAGCAGGCAAUUUGUAGAUUACAUUUUGUUUUAAAUUAUGUAUUUCUUUUUUUUAUAUAUAUAAAUAUUAUGAAUUAUGAAUAAAUUUGAUCUCAUUUUGCACGUUACUUCGCUUUGGUGCCAUGUUCGAAAUAUCUCACACACAAUUCUUUUGCAUAAUAUGUAAAAAACGGUACAUAUGAGAAGCAUAAUAAAUUUUUGAUGUUGUAUUACUGAAGAACAACAAAGUACAUUAUACGUAAAUUAUUAUUUUUUUCUAACAGCUUUACGCAUUUCUAAUGACUGUAGGUAAAUUUUAUUUUAAUUUUUUAUUUUUUUUUUAGUUUUUUUUUUACCGAAAAUUGCCUGCUGUAUUAAUUAGAAUUAUGAGUAACCAUAAAUUUUUCUAACACUAACGCUAAGUUUUGUCGAAUAGCCUUUACUAUAGACUGGUUUAUAUUAAAUGUUAUAAAAAAGUAUAAAUCUUAACUCGUAUUUUGUAAAUAGCUAUUAAUCAUAUGUAUUUUAUAUUAAAUAUCAUUAUAAGGUUCGAUGGGUUAUUUUUAAUUUUACAUUCUAUUGAAAUAAAAAUAAAACACAUUUUCCACUGUACAAUACGAGGUGAACCUUGUGAGGUUAGGUGAAAAAUAUUGUUUUUUUUUUCUUUAUAUAUAUUAUAUAUUUUUUGUUAAAUAAAGCAAUCUGUUAUUGUCUAUAUUUGUUUUGUUUUAUUUUGUUUGGAAUAUUCCGUUUUUCCUUUGU